CACCAGGAAGAUGUCUCGAGCGUAUCAGUUUAUUAUAAGGUCUGUAGACAAAUUCGUUCCAUCCAAAUUUCGUCCUCUGUGGAAUCAUGAAGCAGGUCCAAAAACUAUAUUCUUCUGGGCGCCACUUAUGAAAUGGGUUUUGGUGGGGGCAGGUAUUGGGGAUCUUAUGAGACCUGCUCCUAAUAUUAGUCUUUUUCAGUCUACCUCCAUGUUAUCAGGUUAUAUUUGGACCAGGUGGUGUUUCAUUAUCAAACCAAAAAAUCUGAAUCUUGCUCUCAUAAACUUUUUAGUCGGGGUAAAUGGAACUGUUCAGUGUUUCAGGGUUUAUCGAUACAGAAAAUCAGUUGGAAAGACGAUGUCAUUUCGGGAUUAGAACGAGAACCA